AUGGCGAAUGACCGUUUAUUAGAAGCAAUCUCCAGCACGGAAGAGAUUGUGGUUGAUUACAGAUGCACUGCUUCCAAUUUACAAGAAAGAAUAACUUCUACCAAAGAAGGAUCUAUAACCUCCAUUCAAGCAGUUUAUGUACCUGCAGAUGACUUGACUGAUCCCGCUCCUGCUACAACAUUUGCACAUUUAGAUGCUACUACUGUACUAUCGAGAGGAUUAGCUGCCAAGGGGAUCUAUCCAGCAGUAGAUCCGUUAGAUUCCACGUCAACUAUGCUCCAACCUUCGAUCGUAGGCGAAGAACAUUAUGAAACUGCGCAAGGAGUUAAACAAACUUUGCAACGUUAUAAGGAACUUCAAGAUAUUAUAGCUAUUCUUGGAUUAGACGAAUUAUCAGAAGACGAUCGUUUAAUCGUGGCAAGAGCAAGAAAAAUUGAACGGUUUUUGUCACAACCCUUUUUUGUAGCAGAGGUAUUCACUGGUUCCCCCGGUAAAUAUGUUAGUCUAAUAGAGACAAUUAGAGGUUUUCAAAUAAUCCUUUCCGGAGAAUUAGAUGUUCUACCCGAACAGUCUUUUUAUUUGGUGGGUAACAUUGAUGAAGCUACCGCAAAGGCUAUGAACUUAAAAGAAAUUUAAAGAAACAAAAUGAACCUAA